CCCGGAGCGCCUCUUGUCCCUUGUCAAGCUAAGGUGGCACCUGUAUGUUGAUAACAUAAAACUUGGGGCAAGAAUGGCCGAACCAGUUUCUGAAGCAGCUGGUUUUGCACAGGAUCUGUUUUCACCACUUCAGUUCUGUGAAGUGGUGCAAGAGGGCCAUGGAGGUCCACAUACUGUGAAAGUUGAACAUCCCCAGUCCCAACCUAAUCAGAUGGCAGCUGCUCAACACACGACAUCCCCUGUCACCUCCAUGGUCAGCAUGGCGGGUGUCACGUCUAUUCCUGCUACCACAGCAUCACAACACAUGCACAUGCAGUCCCAGCCUGUAAUGGCAAAUCUCAUGCAGCACCAGCAACAUGUCCAACAACAACAUCAGCGAGUGCAGCAACACCAACAGCAGGCGUGUCAGCAAUCUCAAAUGCUUCAGCAACAAAUGAAUGUUCAACAGCAAACACAAACAAUGUCCCAGCAAAUGCUUCAGCAGCAACAGCAACAACAACAGCAGCAGCAGCAGCAGCAGCGACAACAACAGCAACAACAACAACAACAACAACAGCAGCAACAACAAUCUCAGUUACAAGAAGCAUCACAAUCCCAACAACAAAAAGCACCACAGUUAACUACCUCUGUGCAGCCACCAUUGAAACAGCAGCAGUCCCAACAAACACAAACACAACCACUGCAACAACAGCAGCAACAGCAACAAACACAGGCACCUGUAAUGCCAGCAGUCAAUAACAUGCAACUUGUAAAUGGGUUACAAAUGCCACUGGGCAUGCAACAAGCAAGCCCCUCCAAAAUCCCAGUUAGUAGUACAGCAACACCUUCUGCUCCAGGAGGCUCCAUGUAUGUGUUGUCUGAGGUUGUACCUAAUGGGGAAUCAAAGAAUAACAUUCUUUCAAACAGUCCAGGCAAUGACGUGUCAAACCAGAACACAACUUUAGCUGUUGCCGUGCAGCCAAACAACAUUGCAAAGAGUCCAGUAGCUGUGGCAGUUGCACGGGACUCUACUGAUGAUGGAUCAGUAUUUGUGUUAACAGGAAUUGUUACGAAAAUGAAUGAUUCAAAUGGAAAUGGUGCUUCAGCUACUAAUACAGCACAAGCACCAGCACCUGCCCCAGUAACUGCACCUGCACCAACAGUAGCGGCAGCAGUUGUUAGUAAAGAUGAGGUAAAGCCAGUUCCCGUGAAACGCACCUGGAGACGACCUUGGAAGAAGAAGAAGGAGAGAGAGAAGAAACAGCCUGUAAAGAAAGCUCGAAGGGCUAAGAAAAAACGUGUGGUUGUACACAAGAAAAAUGUAAUCCAGAUAGAUCCAAGAAAUGGGCCUGCUAUUGACACUUCAAUGAACCUCAUCAAAAGAGAAAGUGAAGAGGCCAUCAAUGUCAUAAAACAAAAACGACAACGUAUCAAAUUAAAUCGGAAUUCUGGACGAGAAUAUGUGAACCGGUUAGGGAAGGUGGUCUCUGCGAGAACGAUAGGACCUCCCUGCAAUUGCCCUUUGAAGUGCUGGGAACGAAUGGGCUCAAAAAUUUUAGAAAUUUUUAAUAAUUUCUGGGAUUUAGGAGAUUUUAAUCUGCAAAACAGUUACCUUUUUACCUGUCUAAAACUCUGCGAUGUGAAGCGUCGGUACACGAAGAAGGUAAAUCCUGCAGAGGAGUCCAGAAGACAGAACACUUUUGAAUAUUUUGUUCGCAUCAGUGGCAAGCAUCUACGUGUAUGUAAGAGGGCAUUCAUGAGUUCACAUGGACUCACAAGUGAUAAAAGAUUAAGAACAUUGUUCCACCAAAUGAAGGAUGGAGCACUAGUACCUGAACCAGACAGAAGAGGGAAACACUUACGUCCAGUUAAGUCACCAAACCAGUUAAGUCCGUCUCAUAACGAGCCCUAUGUAAAUAAAAGUAAGAAACAGAGGACUAAUAACUGUAAUAACAAUAAUAAAAAGAAGCAAAACAAAGUGGAUAAUAAACCUAUGUAUACUCCUCCACCACCUCCCAUGGGUCACAUUCAUCCCCAUUGCACACCACCACCACCUCCAGCACAUGCAACACCCAUGCAAGAGCCUGCCCACCAUGCGUACAUCCCAAAUGGUGAUAUUUACUUUCCAGGCCACUACCUAGAGCCUCAUCAAAGCAUGGCUCCUCCAAUGAAUCAGAUUCCUUCAUGCCAAAAGGUGCUUGAUGCUCCUGCCUACUUUAUGGCAGGCAUGAAAGAAAAUACCUUCCAUCAAUGACUAGGCCAUGGGCAGUACUAAAUCUACAGAUAUGUCUUAAUUUGGUCUGCAAUGGGACAGCACCUCAAGCCAUUUCAUAGUACUGCUCUUUGUUGUAUAAGGAUGAUGAUUCUAAAGCAUCUUUUGUUUUGAUUCAAAGUGAAUCGGUGUUAUAACUUUGCUUUGUGAUAUGGAAAUGUAUUUCUUCACUGGAUGAAGAAAAAAUUUAUUGUAUCAUGAUGUUUUGACAAAUUUCUGUAUUUUAUGUGCUUGUGUUCUUUUGGUAAAUAGUGAAGGGAAAGUAAAUCAUAACCUUUCCUAUGGCAGCUAAACUUUUUAUUUUUUAUUAAGUACAUGAAAGCAUUAUUAUUUUACCAGUGAAUACUAUUUUUUAAGUCUUAAGUAGGACUGUACUUGGGUGCCAUUUUAACCUAUUUUCUUUUUCCAGCGAUGGAUAAAGAAGCAUAUUGAUAUUACUGUUGAGGUGCUAAAUCUCACUGUUACUUUGUAGAAGAUGGUUAGCAGGAUGGGUUGUAAAGCCCACAGUCCUAUGAAAAGAAUACUUAGUACAUUCCAAGUAAGAUGAAUUAUUAUUUAAGUAAGGAUAUUGUAUGGCAAGUGUGGUUACUGCGUGUAAAGUAUUAUAUAUAUUACAGAUAGAAAAAUAUUUAUUUUGAUUUUUAUGGGUGAUGAAGUAAAGCAUCCUCCUACAUUUGAAAAUAGUGAAUUACAAGAUUCAGAACCUUAUAGAAACUGUAGAUAAAGAAUUGAAAGCAGGACGGGUUUGCAUUUGCAUAGAAAAUCAAAUUUACGUGUUAACAUGAAACAAAGUGGGAAAGUGUCUAGAAUAUGAAUCAAAAUUAAUAUGGCAAGACAGCACAAAUUUACGAAAGAUAUGAAUAUGAAUAUAGUUUUAGAUAAUAUAUUACUUGGAAGCAGGUGGCCUCUUGUAAACUGAAUAAUUUCCUGUGAUAGUGAAUAAGGUUGUUUUAGUAGGUGUAUAUGUUCAAGUUGUAGUGUAUAAACAUUUUACCCAUAUUUUAUGCCUCUUUUGGUACACUGGCUCUUCCCAGUUCCCAAGUCUUCGAUUCAAUUUGCCGUGUAGUUGAUUUGCAUCAUCAUAGAGCAGUAUGUAAUCCCGUUUGAUUAUUUUACCAAUUCUUAAAUGAAUUGAUAUAUGUAUAUUUAAAUUGUUUCUAAAAGUAGUUUUAAAAUAAGUACAGUAUAUCAAAGGGUUUACUUGCUCAAAAAAUAAUGUUUUUAAAAACUUCUUUUUUUAUAUAUGUUCAAUCAUUUUACAUUGUAGAGUUUGGUUAUCUGAAUGAUUCAGUACCUGCUGUGACGAGUUUCACAAAGGGAAGAUCAUUUAGGUUUUAGUGAGUGGUUUCAGUUUAUUGUGUCAGUCUGUCAUAUUUUUCACUAAAUUAUAUUACGAGAAAAUAAAAACCAACAUUAUUAUUUACUCGAGAAACACGUUUAUCAAGCUCGUUUCAUCACAACCCUAUUAAUCAUAGGUAUCCCUUAAUUUGCCGUUUGCGAUUCCCCAGGCUUAUCAGUUGUUUGACUACAGAAAGAAGAAUGCAUGCUCACACUAAAAGGAUUUCUAGCCAAGAGUGUUGGCAGUUAAGAUCCAUGGCUGUAUUACUUCCGCAAUAAUGAAGGUGUGCAGACAGCAACCAUGGAAUGAAUUCUGCUCAUGACUGCUCUGCAGUCUUCAGUGAUCCACAUUCUUUUACCAGGAUUUUUUUUUUUCAUCACAAACCCAAUGACUGGUUUUGUAAAUUCUAAUAUGUAGAAUUUAACUAAUGCCAACCCAACAGGAAUCCAAAUGAUCCUCACCAGCUACCCAAAGGACUCUGAUUUUCUUAAAAUUCUGUUUACAUUUGAGUCAUCUUUGACUUCUACAAGAGGGAGGAAUUCAGCUCCUUCACUAUCCCUUCUAAUCCUGUGCCCUCAUCCAAUAGACAACUUUUUACCUGCUAGGGAGGGUACUUGGGUCUCACCUGAAAAGGACCAGAAACUUUAUGUCAUAAGACAAAAGGGCACCAAGCCAAACAUAUGUAGACGUUAUGCAAAGCAGUCCGUGAGGUUGGUAUCCUUGUAUGAUGACGCCGUAUUUUUCGGCAAGCAAGGGACUCCGAUGACAGCAAGGAACACACCACUGACAGUACUGACUGUUUCCAAAGUCUUACUUUCUUCACAGCAGAAACACACAAAUAAAAAAUUAGUGAAGUGGCAUCUCUGUCAGACAAGAAGCAGGGCUGACAACUGAAGAGCCUGUAAAGAACGUAAUAUGCUCUCUCCCUCAGAAAAGAAGAUUUCUAUCCUGAGAGAGGGUAGAAGAAUCAUAUUUAUGAGAGGAUGGAGGGAAAGACGGGACUGAGCCGUAUAACCCAUGCCCCACUCACACCAAAAUGACGGAAAGAGAUGAAACAACAAUCAUGACUGUCCCUGCAAGCAGACAUUAUUAUUAUAAAUGGUAUGCCAUUAAAAUUCGUGUUGAAGAAGUGUGGGAUUGUACACCUAUGCUAGAAAGCCGAAUCCUAGCAUAAAAACUUGACUGCAAUGCAAACCCUUAUGUCUUGAACAUCCUGAAACACGCAAAUUUUGAAAGACUAAAACAUUACUAAGUUCCCAGAUAAUGUGUAAGAUAAAAAGAAAGAUACAUAAAAACAUUAAUGUCAAUACAAAUGUUUUCAAAUUAUCUUCAAUAUAACAAAAGUAAAAUACUAAAGAACAAAAAGUAGCAGGGCCUUCUCUCCCUGAAGAGGCAAUAUUCCCUUGGGAGAUGGACCAGCGUACUCAUAACACAAGCGAUGUCGAGGCAGAAGAAAAAGGCACAUGUACUGCAAUUUGCAUCUGUCCCAAGGCAGGUCAACACGGAAAACACGGAAGGCCAUCUAAAAACGUUGAUGUCCGUGGAACUUCUGGGCUGAACAAGUAUGAAACAAUGUACAAGCUUCGAUAAAAAAAAACCAGCUUGGGGGAAGGAGAGCAAAGCAACACUACUCUCCAAGGCAGUUGAAGAAAGACUGGUGCGUCACGAGGUUCGAAGCCUGGUCAGUGAUCAACAUCCACCUUGUAUACACAUGAGUGGCCAGAUGACACAGAUUCCUUGCUUUACAAUCUUUGAUUGUUUGUAAGCAGUUUCCAGCUGGCACUAGAAGAUUAUCCUAUUGUUAAGACCAAAGGUUUGUUAGCUAUGAAAAAUACAAAUUGAUUAAGAAAUUUGUAAUUUUUCCAGACUGCAAAUCAAAACACAAAACAGUUCAACAAUUUUCUUGACUACUGUAGAUGAAUUAAAGGGCUUUGGGUUGUAUCGCAGCCAGUAAAGGCUGCAAAAGUUGUGAAUGCAACCCCAUGAAGUAAGAUCACUAUGGCAGUACCACAAGUUGUAUGUAGACUUGUGGCUGCUGGUGAUAACUCUUAAAAACAAGGAUAUGCAUGGAAAAAAGAACAGAAUAACUGUACAUACUGGUCUUAAUGAUCUUUAUUUGUUAAUGUCUUGCUUAACUCAACAUAGGUUCCUCAGGUAAAUAACCCUACUAACCAAUGAGCUAUGAAAAGCUUGGUUUCUAAAUUGUACAGAGGUUCUGAAGCUAGAGUUUUCAGGCAUGCACAAAAACCCAUAAUAAAUUCAGCAUCUUGUUCUCCAUCCUAGUGUGUGUCAAUAAUUUCUUCUAAGACUCACGACUAAAGCUGAGUAAAAACCCUAUAAACCCCUCUGAGUACCCCAUGACGUUGGUAAUACAAUAGGUUGGUUAAUAGUACAAUAUAUUUACUCUUCAAUAGUUGUAUAUUUUAACAGAUGAUAUGUAAAGAAGUACCAAUACUAUUUUACAUAUACCUGAUGGAUGACAUCACAGUGCUCACUGGGCCGGAGGUGUAAGUCCAACACAAGUCAGUAGCAGAAACCUAUGUGCAUGAAAGUUUGAAUAAACUUCCAGUGAAAUGCUGGGACUGUGGGGACCAGAAGUCAUAUGGAUAAUUAUUUUCGUUGGGCUUAAAUAAUUUUUGCUGCUACCAUAAAAUUGCAUAAAAUGGUGUUAUAAAGUUUAAACGUCCCUUUUGACAAAACCCGCGGAAAAUGACUGAAUUAAAAAAGAUGCAAGUGGAGAUAUAACUGUGGGUGAUUACAAGCAUCAAGCUUAAUUACUGUAUAACAAGUUCAGUACUGGUUGUAUAGUAAUUGCUCCCAAACCCACAAGUCUUGUUAUUUCUCAUUCAGUUUACAAGAAGUUGAGUAUGUGCAAAAGAACUCAUUCUUCUUUAAGGCAGUCAAGAGACUGUUGAGCCUGGGGUCAAGCAGACUACAGUAUAAGGCGUAUGCAUGAUUAAUGGGCUUGUAUAAAAGAUGUAAUUUUUUUU